UUGGGGGGCUGUUGGCCAUGUGGGCACAUGGUUUAGAGGCUAGCGUGUUAGCAAGGCAGACUUGAAAAGCAGACUAGGAGGCACCUUCGCUUGGACUGUUGUCGGAUGAGGAGAACGAAACUUGUUUGUAAUCUGUUUCUGGUUCUGUUGUUGAUCUACUGGACAUUCUUCAACUGUAUAGAGGAACAGGAUCAAUUGUAACCAUUGGAUGCUGGGACAUCUGAAGGAAUUCCUCUGGUAAAUGUUUCAUUGACUGGAGAUUUGAAUUGAUAAAAGCUGAUUGAUACGCUUGAUAAUUGACUGUGACGAUGGUAAUGCAGUGAGCACUUUUUCCAGACUGAGGCCUGAAUCAGCUUGUGGUUGGAGGCACAGUCCCCAGCCAUUUUGACGGGUUUUGUUUGUGACAGUUUGUGAGUCACACGCUCCAAAAUAGAGACAGAAAUACUUUGCGUGCCCGUGAGGAAGAGACAGCGCUCCGAGUAGCUGGAGGGAAGCGUCUGAGAGAGAAAGAGAGAGAGAGAACGAGAGAGAGAGAGAGAUACUCAAAAACACCCACUGUCAUCUCCCCUGCCCCGGCAACAACAGGCAACAGGCAGCCAGGGGUCACCAUCACAUCAGGAGCGGAGCAUCACCUGGACAACCUGACACAACUUGUACAUAACUGUGGUCCAAAAUGAUCAAAGUCAACAUAGCCACGGUUUGAAAUCUACAGACACGUUAAAGCGCAUCUUCCAGAGUCCAGUGGAUAGCACUGGGUCAGCGGCAAGUCUGUGCAAAAGUAAUUGGUCCUGUUUGAAAAGAAGCCUUUCUAAAAUCUGCACUGUUUCUUAUUCAGACAUGCUAACUAAAAGAAGGGGCAUCAGCGUGAACCCCCAGGGGGGGUCUUAUUUAAACCGGACGGCAAUACUCUCCCCUCUGGGCGCUGUCCGUUUGGCCCAGCUUGCUUUAGGCUGUGCGGUCAUUUCCUUAGUGGCUCACACUGCCGGCUAUAGCGCCCCAUAUGGGACGUUCUGCAUGGUAGUAUGGAGUACUUGCUUUGCACUUUCGGCAGCUAUCUUUAUUCUGGAUGUGACGUGGCUACAUUCCUGUCUUCCUGUGUCCUGGGACAACCUGACCGUGACCCUGGCAGCGUCCGCAACUCUGCUGUACCUCAUGGCUUCUAUUUUGUACCCUGUCUACUUUGUGAGCUCAGAGUGCCCCUACAACGACUGUAACGUGAGAAACUUCAGAAUAGCUGUGACGGCCUGCUCUUGGGCGGCUUUUGUGGCAUACGGUGUCGAAGUGUUCCUGUCCCGGGCCAAACCGGGCCAGGCGGCGGCCUACAUGGCUACACCAUCCGGCCUCCUGAAGGUGGUGCAAGUUUUCCUGGGCUGCGCCAUCUUCGCCACAAGGAGUGAGUUCUCGCUCCACGCGGCCACUAUCUACUGUGCUGUGGUGUUCGGCGUCUGCUUGGGCGCCACCUCGCUGUUGGUGGCCCUCAACGUGUGUGGCCGUGCUGCCCCUCUAAGGCUGCCCUCCGACCGUUCGGUAACGCUCUACGCCUUCGCCGCUGUGCUGUUGUACCUGAGUGCCGCUGUAGUCUGGCCCAUCUUCUGCUUCGACAGGAAGUAUGGGACGCCGAUCCGACCCCAGGGCUGCCCCAGGGGGAAGUGUGCCUGGGACAGCCAGCUGGUUGUCACUGUGUUGUGCUUCAUCAACUUGGCCCUGUACAUCGCAGACCUCUGCUAUUCCCAGAGAGUACGCUUUGUGACACAACGGCCACGUGUAUAGAAAUUCCUCAGAUGUGUGCAGUUUUCUGUUGGCUACCUUUCUAUUUAUUUUUGAGGACACGUUGAACUGAUUAUUAGACAUCAGGCCAACAAUUCUAUAAGGUGCUAAGGGUGGACCCCUCUUGGUAUGACCUAGGCCUGUGGUUCAGCAGAUGUUUCCAUAACCGGUAUAGCCUCAUCUGUAUCUAACAGGGGUUUUUAUUAUUAAU